AGCAGUGUCAUCAAUAUGAUCAAGACAUAUAUUUGAAAGGUGGGGAACUAGUGGAAGAUACAAACCUUAUCAUUCUUUUCUUGUUACAUAUCUGGAAAGUAGUAAAGGAAACCUCAGCCACACUUCAUCAAAAUGCAACGGAGUCUAUUACAUACUGCAUCUCAGCUGGCACAGGGGACGUGUUUGGUUUUUCCUCGCACUAGUAUCUUUCAGUGCUUAAAUGGACCAUCAGUGUUGUCAAAUGUUGGAUGCAAAGUGAUUUUGGCACUGGACCCUCCUAAACGAUGUCUUCAUGCAGGUGCAGCACGCCUUGCCUCAAAGAAAAGUGCUUUUUCGUCACAGCCAGCAGACAGUCCCCAGAAAGUACCUGAAGAAAGAAGUCCUUUGCCUUCGGCCACUGACACACCCAAGCAGAGCCCUGUAGAGUCAGAUUCUUCAGAUCCUGAUCCAUUACAAGACAAAUCAAUUAGUCUCGUUCAGAGAUUCAAGAAAACAUUUAAACAGUAUGGAAAAGUCAUGAUUCCAGUGCAUCUUCUCACUUCCACUGUAUGGUUUGGAUCCUUUUACUAUGCAGCCAUGAAAGGAGUGAAUGUUGUUCCAUUCCUAGAAUUGAUUGGUUUACCAGACAGCAUAGUAAGCAUCCUGAAAAAUUCCCAGAGUGGAAAUGCACUAACUGCAUAUGCAUUGUAUAAAAUUGCAACUCCUGCCAGAUAUACUGUGACUUUGGGAGGAACGUCCAUCACUGUUAAAUAUCUACGUAAGAAUGGCUACAUGUCCACACCACCACCAGUAAAGGAAUAUCUACAAGAUAGGAUGGAGGAAACAAAGGAUAAAAUCACAGGGAAGAUGGAGGAAACAAAAGAUAAAAUUACAGAGAAGAUGGAGGAAACAAAGGAUAAAAUUACAGAGAAGAUACAAGAAACCAAAGAUAAAGUUUCAUUUAAAAAAAUUAAGGACUAAGGAAGAUGCUUAAUUUUGGGGUAUAUCAAACUUAGCACUUUAACCCUUUGUGAGGCAGGAUAUACAAAGUGCACUUCUGAGCUUUGUUUUUCCUUCUUUUUUUUUUCCCUUGUCUGGAGACUACAGUUGCUCUGUGGAUUUAAAAAUUGUGUAUAUUCAACAAGGUUAAAGUUACCGGAGGGAGAGGUGAUGACAAAAUUUCAAUUUGCAGAAGAAAAAGUUGAAUCUUAGAUUAGAAGUUUGUGUGUCCAUUGGUGAUAGUGUUAACAGUCACUCUUCCCUCUUUUUUUUUUUUCUUUUUUAAUCCCCGCCCCCUCAAAAUGAAGCUGAUUUAUUCCAAAAGCCACUACUUUAUUCUUCUUCCAUCAUAGUGCACAGUCAUUGUUCCAUUAGACUGAAUCUUCCAUUAAAUGAAAGUGAAGAUAUCUCUUCUGGGAAAGGCAACAUAUUUUGAUUUUCAGAGUAUGUGGACCCAGGCCUCUUGAGUCGUGAUCAUCUCUCAACUUGGAGACAGACCAUUAUCACUGAUACUGCACAUGAAGGAAUCAAUGGAUUAGCUAUUCAGUCUGAAUGAACUAUGAUGGCUACAUUGACUUCAGCUGAGCUGUGAUAGUUUACAGGUUGAGACUAUGAAUCUUCUUUCUUGGACAGUGUAUCUCUUCAGAAAUCUCAAUUGAGAGCUAUAGGAAGAUGAUUUAAUUACAGUAGUCAUACUGCCAAGUAUACUUUGUUUCCUAAAGUUGAUUUACAGUAGAAGAAAGGUAUUAAAUGAAAUUAAUCAAUAUUGUAUAUUAAAAACUAGGAUUUUUUUAUUAUGUUGAAGUUUACAAAACUGUUCUAUUUUGUUUUCAGAACAAAAAAAUUCUGAAAGAGAAGUUUACUUGAGAAAUUGGUAUACUAAGGGGCUCUUUAAAUACGUGCAAAGUUAGAGUUAAACCCAAAAGUUCCUCCUAUUCAGGAAUCCCUCAGACUUCGGUUGAACAAUUUAACUAAAAUAAGCAUAAUUUCUGAGACAGUGAUCACAGUCUACCAGACUUUUCCCCCCUAGAUUUUCUUAGGUCAAGCAAAUACUUAUUCAUAGCUGAAGUUUAAAAUGCUGUCUCAGAGAUGUCAUAAAGGACUACAGUUGAAACUGUUCUAUUUGACUGAGCGGGCAAACUUCUGUCAUGGUUUUAUUCAAAUGUAGGCUAAAAUGAAGUGUUUUUUCCCUGUUUCUAGGGAUCUAGAUCUCUCUUUGUAGCAACUCUCUGCUUAUGUAUCUUGUUUAACAGAGGUGUGUUUUUGCAGAGGGAUAUGGGGAAGCAACAGAGUUGGACCCCGAGCAUUGUAAUUGACUGGAGUAAAAGAAUAUAGCUGAUGAAGUAUCAGCUCUGCCUCAUGUUUUCAGUCAAGUCACUGAGGGCCUCUCCAUGUUUAAGUAAGUUGAACUUCAUUAAUUUGAUUGUGCAGGAUUGAUUACAUAUUUCUCUGCCUCUGUCCACAUGUCAGAUAGUAACUGCAGUCUACUGCUUACCUCACAGGGAUGUUGUGAGGAAUAAUCAUUGUAUAUUCAGUGCCCUGAAGAUGUAAAGUGCCAUGUUUCAGAUAAAUAUUAAAAAAUAAUUCUGUGAACUCUUCUGCUGAGAUGAGCAGUACUGUA